UAGGCAGCAGUAGCCUAGCUGGGGCCGCUUAGAUGCGCCAGUUUGCAAGUAGCUCAGCAGCUAGGCUGCAAGCUGGGGGCAGGACUGAGCGUCAAGCCUGCCUCAGAAGACUGGUCCAAUAGGCCAGCCCCUGCCCCACCGUCUCAGAAUCCGGGAUGAGGCCCUCACUGCCGGGCUUAUCCAACACAGCGUCCUGAGAAGCGGGUUGGGGGCAUCGUCCCGGAAUGGCGCGGCCCCGGGAUGGGGGCACAGCUCACAUCCCAACCCCUUGCUCCUCGUGUGGACCUCUCCGUCCCCCCAUCCCCCACCCAGCAGGCAACCACGUACGACCGCAAGGCGGUGAUCAAGUACGCGGACAUGUCGGAAGAGAUGCAACAGGACUCGGUGGAGUGCGCCACUCAAGCGCUGGAGAAAUACAACAUCGAGAAGGACAUCGCGGCCCACAUCAAGAAGGAGCCGGCACUGUGAUGUAGCGGGUAAAGCUGUUGUCUGCAGUACCAACAUCCCAUAUGGGCUCCUGUUUGAGUCCCGGCUGCUCCACUUCUGAUCCAGCUCUCUGUUAUGGCCUGGGAAAGCAGUACAAGAUGGCCCAAGUGCUUAGACCCCUGCCUUGGUGUGGGAGACUCAGAGGAAGCUUCUGGCUCCUGGCUUUUGGACUGAUCCUGCUCCAGCCAUUGCAGCCAUUUGGGGAGUGAACCAGUGGAUGGAAGACUUUAUCUGUUUCUCUCUCUGCUUCUAUGUAACUCUGCCUUUCAAAUAAAUAAAUAAACCUUAAAAAAAAAAACCGCUAUUUAAUAUGUAGAAACAUGAGCAUGAAUACACUAGGAAAUACUAUGGGCUGACGCCGCGGCUCACUAGGCUAAUCCUCUGCCUUGUGGCGCCGGCACACCGGGUUCUAGUCCUGGUCGGGGUGCCGGAUUCUGACCCGGUUGCCCCUCUUCCAGGCCAGCUCUCUGCUGUGGCCAGGGAGCGCAGUGGAGGAUGGCCUAAGUGCUUGGGCCCUGCACCCCAUGGGAGACCAGGAGAAGCCCCUGGCUCCUGCCAUCGGAUCAGCACUGUGCGCCGGCCACGGCGGCCAUUGGAAGGUGAACCAAGGGCAAAAGGAAGACCUUUCUCUCUGUCUCUGUCUCUCACUGUCCUCUACACCUGUCCAAAAAAAAAAAAAAAAAAAAAAAAAAAAAAAAACUAUGAAACAAUAAGAUGCCUGUACUAAUAUGAAGAAAAAUCACGAGGAACUUGACAACUAAAGUGUAGACUGAACCAGGUAUGCUGAAUGGUGAUUGGAAAACACCAGAGGAAUACUGUUGUAGAUAAAAUUUUCCAAUAUUUUCCCAUAUGUGAAACUCAGCAGAGCUCACAAAAAGGAAUCGCUAACAUACACAGCAAUUGCAUUCAUAGAAAAAAAAAUUUAUCAUGUAAACACUGCUUUGUAUUUAUAUAUAAAAUUAGGUAUGCAAUUAAAGGAACUUCAAGCAC